UUAUUUUAAUAUUUAAAAGUCAAUAACCAUGGCAUCCUCUGAGCUACAUCAAAUAUACCAGCAUUACAUUAACAAAUCCACCGGACAACUAGAGGGCCGAAUGUUUGUUAAAAUAUUCAAACAGGCGAACCUGUUAGACCAGAAACUAAACACUAACGAUUUAGAUAUAAUAUUUGUUAAACAUCGGACAAAAGGAUCACGCACCAUGGAUUUCAGCGGAUUCGAAAAAGCUAUACAAGCAGCUGCAGUAGCAUUGGGAAUUGACUAUCAGGAAAUUGUAGAAAGGGUCCUUAAAGCUGGCGCACCAGUAUAUGCCGGCACGGAAACUCUACCUGUACGUUUUUAUGACGAUAAAAACAGCUACACUGGAGUACAUGCUCAUGGAGGUCCUUCAGUUAAAUGACACAAAACAUGUUCUAAUGAAGCCCAUAAAAUGGUUUGAUUCCGGAAUAUUUUGUC